UCUCAGUAUGUAUAGAUUAUGAUUAGUGUAAGGAACUAUACAACGCCACCGUUUAUGAACUUCAGGACCCUCCUUUUCCUUUUGAUACGGUAGUUUUUAUGCCUUUAACCUUGAUUUAGUCUUUUCAUUCUGUCUCCAAGUCCCAUCAUCCUCUUCUAAUUCAGGUCCCUCAAGAUUUCAGCAGGAUUCUUGACUUCAGGUUAAAGAACAAAGAGUACACACAGCAUUAAUGGAUCAAGCAAGGAAUUGGAUGUGGAGAAAUGGGAGACGUGGUUUGAGUUCUCAUCUUCAAGCGUCAAGAAGGGCUUCAUAUGAUGAUUCAUGGGAAGAGCAAGCUUUUGCAGAAGAUGCUGGAGGUUGUGUAUGGCCUCCAAGGUCUUAUUCUUGCAGCUUUUGUGGCAGAGAAUUUACAUCAGCUCAAGCUCUAGGAGGUCACAUGAAUGUCCACAGGAGGGAUAGGGCUAGGCUGAAGCAAUCUCCAUCUUCCCAAGAUGAACUUCUUCAUCAUGAUCAUAACCCUAACACUAAUUCCAAUCAUGGUACUUCAGAAAUUGCCCAAGAUCAUCCCAUGAAGUUAUCUAACUCAUCCCCAAAACAGUUGUCAAACUUUGUAGCAGACAGAUGCUACCAUUUCUCUGAUCUAUGGAAUGAACGAGACAAGUGUUCGGGAAUCACAGAAUCUGGAUGUAGUCUUGAAGAAGAUUAUGUCCGAACUGAUUUGUCUGCAUGCUUGAAUCUGAUUGUUAAACAAGAGAUUGGUUGCAAGAGAAAGAGAACUGAUGAUACAACAACUCGGUUGGUGAAUCAUCAGCUUAGUCCUAGCUCGGUUGAUGAUAUAGAUCUUGAGCUCCGGCUCGGUGACCGGCCCAAGGUAAGGUAAUAAGAUUAUACUUAAAUGAACAUAU